GUGCGCCUGCGAGUGGACUGUGGACACGGGAGGUCAGUGCACGUCACGUAGUUGUCGCUCGAAACCGAGGAAUCCGUUCUCGGUGACUGACUAGAGGGUCGUUUGCGCGGUGGACCGUCGCCGCGUCGUGCCGCAAGUGAGAUCAACGCGAGUCAACGCAUCGAACUGCUCCGUCGGAGACCUCCGAGCGGACCGGGGACAUUUGGUGCGCGGUCAGGCUCGCGGUCUGUUCUCGCGGCCACGUCGGGCGGACGCGCGCGCGCGCGCGUCGAGGAACAGCGGGAAUAAUAGUAACACGAUAGAGAACGGAGCCGCCGCGGGGACGCCGUGCGCGAGCAGCUCGAGGAGUCCAUAUCGUCCGACGACGAAGCAAGCGAGCUAGGCUAGAGCGAGUCAGCCAACCAGUCAGCCAGCCAGCCAGCCAGUCAGUCAGUCAUUCAGCGAGUGCGCGUGUGUCCGUGUAUGUGCGCCCGAGCCGAGAGAGAAAGAGAGACGCUGGAUGAUCGCUGGAUGUAUUCUCCGCGCUCGCGAUCGUCCCACCAGCCGGUGCACCCUUGACUCGACCGACCGCUUACUCUCUCUCUCUCUCUCUCUGUCUCUGCCUCUCUCUCUCUCUUUCUCUCUCCAUCCCAAGAACCUAAGCUCGAUUUUCCUAGCUCUGACACGGUCACCGCCGCCGCCGCCGCCCCGCCGCCGCCGCCGCCGCCGCCGUCGUUGUCGACGCCGCCGCCGCCGACGACGACGACGACGACCGCGAGGCAGCCGCGCGAGUCGCAGGUUAUGUCAAGCGGAUUGGCAGGCGCCGUUUCAAACCAGCGGAUGAAAGGACAAGCCGGCAACCAAGUGAGCAAUGGUCCUAAGGAACACCAGCAGCAACAGCAAACGGAGCAUGCCGCUGGCGAGGACACCGGUUUCGAUUCGUGGCGGGGUGGCAACAAUGCUCAACAUCACUCGAGUUAUCCAAUCGGCACCGGCGACCCGUACAGCCAGUACUACGCCGGUACUUCGUUCCCUUAUCAGACGUUCGGCGCUGGCGACGGCACCUGGUCGAACGGCACCGAUCCGGUCGCCUUUCUCUCCGGUUACGGUGGUCAAAUAAGCCACGAUGCGUACAGCAUGGACGGCAUGUUCUCGGCGUCGGCAGCCGGCGGUGGCUUCAGCGCGUUCGGCCAGCCACCGUUCAAUUACUUCCAUGGCAACGGUGAUUUCAGUACGUGGGGCACACCGAGGAGAACCAAGUACGAGGACUACUAUCAGCCACCGCGCGGUAACGAGAGCUACGCUACGCAAGCGGCGAGCGGCACUGGUGGUGGUGGUGGCGGCGGCGGCGGCGGCGGCGGCGGCGGCGGUGGUGGUGGUGGCGGCGGCGGCGGCGAGAUCAAAACCAUCGAGCAGAGCGUCCAGGGUAUGUCGAUCGGUGGUGGUGGCGGUGAGUUACCGCGGCAGGAUCAGCAGCAUCCGGCGCAGCAAGUUGUGGCGCAGCAAAUCAAGCCCGAGCCGAAAGAACCGAGAAAGAUAACGUGGGCAAGCGUGGCGAGCCAGCCGGCGAAACCGGUGCCGCCGCUCUCCUCCUCGCAAGGAAUGAAGAAGAAAGCGGGCAUGCCACCGCCGCCUAUCGUACCGGGUAAGCACAACAUGGAUAUUGGGACGUGGGGCGAGGGCAAGUCUUCCGCACCGCCGCCACCUACAGCGCCUCCGCCGCCGCAGGUGCAGCCGCCGAUUCUGCCGCCACCGCCGCCCGUCCAGAGGCAACAUCAACGUCAGCAGCAUCAACAGGCCCCGCCGCAACAACCGUGCUGGAACAGGCAGCCGUCCACGGCGACGGCGGCGGCGGCAGCGGCGGCGGCGGCGGCCUCGGCGGCAGCGGCAGCGGCGGCAGCGGUCACGACAACGGUCACGACGUCGCCACCGAUCCCACAGCCACAGUCACAGGCGCAAAUCCAUAUGCCGCUACCGCCGCAAUCGCAGCAGCAUCAACAUCAACAAUCGCACCAUCAACAGCACCAUCCCCAACAGCAACAUCAACAGAUGCAGCAGCAUCAACAGCAUCAGCAGCAUCAGCAUCAACAGCAGCAACAGCAACAGCAACAACUUGCUCAGGGUAAUCCAUCGCAUCCGGUCCUCGACGAACUGAAAGUGAAAAACGACUACAAUCCCGUGGAGUUUGAUCAAACUGCACCUGGCGCGAGGUUUUUCGUCAUCAAAUCCUAUUCGGAGGAUGACAUCCAUCGGUCCAUCAAAUAUGAGAUUUGGUGCAGCACGGAGCAUGGUAACAAGCGGCUGGAUCAGGCUUAUCGAGAAGCGAGUCGCGAGGGUGCACCCCUCUAUCUGUUCUUCUCUGUAAACGGAUCCGGUCAUUUCUGUGGCAUGGCGCAGAUGGUCUCCCCUGUUGACUAUCAGUGCAACAGUAGUGUCUGGUCCCAGGACAAGUGGAAAGGUCAGUUUCGCGUCCGUUGGAUAUAUGUGAAGGAUGUUCCUAACGUGCAACUGCGACACAUUAAGCUCGAGAACAAUGAGAACAAGCCGGUGACCAACUCGCGAGACGCACAAGAGGUUCCACACGCGAAAGGUGUCACGGUAUUGCGUAUUCUGCAUACCUACCGUCACACCACGAGCAUCUUCGACGACUUUGGGCAUUACGAGCGCCGGCAGGCCGAAGAGGAUCAGCGCAAGGUUCCGAGCAAUCCCAUACAGCACGACCAUUCUUCCUCCAAUCACAGGAACAGGGGACAUGCCUCGGACAUGUCCAGAGAUCAUCAUCCGCACGGUCACCAAUCUCAUCUGCAUCAGCGCAAGGAGCGUGGUGGUCGUGGUGGCAGAGGAGGUUCGCGUCAGUCACUACGUUUACACGUCACAAUUAAUCAGGAUUAGUAACACCCGUAUUUAUGAAACUGGCUAAUUAUAAUCAUUCCAUUCUUUAAAGGAAUAUUUAUGAUUGGCCAGUUUUACAAUAUUGCUGUUAUAACUCCGGCGUAAAUCGAGCCGUGUAAACGUAGUCAGUAGCGCUCGAUAUUGCAGAGUAAUGCCGUUAACGAGAGUAAUCGAUGUAAAGGAAGCACACUACGACUAAUAAUCACGUCCUACCACUUACCUUUGCUUUCCCGGAUUCACGAUGGGCUUCUUCUGAUUUCCUGUGAUCGAACAUUCGUCGUUAGCCUCGGCCGCGUUGUUCUUUCGUUGAAAUAAUUAAUCCGAUAAUGAGAUAACACUAGCAUCGCGUUGGCAUCAUCGUAAAAUAAAUAUGUAACCGCAACCUAAGAGGAAGAGGAAAAGGAAAAGAAACAGGAGGAGGAGGAGAGGAAAAGGAUAAUACGCUCUAUUCCUAGAAGGAUGUUUGAUUAAACUCGCUGACGAUUAUUAAGUAUAUAGUGUGGUGUUGCGUGCUAUUCAUCGAAAGGUGUUUCUUAAACGUACAAAUCAUAAAACAGGACAGAAGACAGGAAGAGAGGAGGGGGGGAGAGGGGGGGGCGAAGAGGGAAAGAAAGAAAACGCGGUAUAGAAGAAAAAAAAUAAAAAAAUAUGUGGACUAAUCCUUGUAAAAUGCUUAAACUUUUGUUGAAAAUGAAAAAAUCUAUAUAAGAACAUUAUAUUAUAAACAAGUGUCAUUUGGAUUGAUUAGAUAUCGUUUUAAAUACCAAUGAACAUUCAAUCUGGUGCCUGCAGCUCGACAGAAGGGUCGAAUUCCCCCUUAAUUGUUAAUAAGGUGCAGGGGCUUGUUACAACGUUCUCAGUUGUAUUUAUAACCAUCAUGCUUCACAAAAUGAAUUAUACAGAAAAUUAUAUUGGCGUUUAUUUUAACGUGUAUUCUAUAUCUGUAUUGCGAAUAUAUCAUCUAUUAUUAUAUUAUUCAUGGACUACAGAGAAAUGAGUUGAGAAUAAUAUAACGAAAAGUGAAAUAAUAUUACAAUUAAUCUACUGUAAUGUACACGA